UCCCGGGCUUCCCCUCCCCGGGCUGCGUGUGCCCGGCGCGGGCCCAGGACGCGGAGGCGGUUCCUGGGGAGAGGGAGCUCGGAGUCCCCGAGGCGGCCCCGGCUCCGCACUAGGACGCGGGGUCCGCAGCAUCGCGAGCGGCCGGCGCGGCUUCCCGGAGCCCCGGAGCCCGAGGCGGGAGGUUUCGGCUGAGCCCUCCCCGCCGCCUGCCCCCGCCCGGCGCCCGCCUCCGCCCCCGCCAGCGGCCUGGAGCGCGCCUCCCUAGCCUCCCUCGCCUCCCAGGGUCUGGCGAGCAGACGCCAGCCGAGCUGCCGGAGCCGCGCAGAGCGCCAGCGGUCGCCGCGGGAGCUGCUCCGGCCGCACCAUGCGGGAGCUGGCCAUCGAGAUCGGGGUGCGAGUCUUGCUUUUCGGAGUCUUCGUUUUUACAGAGUUUUUGGAUCCGUUCCAGAGAGUCAUCCAACCGGAAGAGAUCUGGCUCUAUAAAAAUCCUUUGGUGCAAUCAGAUAACAUACCUACCCGCCUCAUGUUUGCAAUUUCUUUCCUCACACCCCUGGCUGUUAUUUGUGUGGUGAAAAUUAUCCGGCGAACAGACAAGACUGAAAUUAAGGAAGCCUUCUUAGCGGUGUCCUUGGCUCUUGCUUUGAAUGGAGUCUGCACAAACACUAUUAAAUUAAUAGUGGGAAGACCUCGCCCCGAUUUCUUUUACCGCUGCUUUCCAGAUGGAGUGAUGAACUCGGAAAUGCACUGCACAGGUGACCCCGAUCUGGUGUCCGAGGGCCGCAAAAGCUUCCCCAGCAUCCAUUCCUCCUUUGCCUUUUCAGGCCUUGGCUUCACGACGUUCUACUUGGCGGGAAAGCUGCACUGCUUCACCGAGAGUGGGCGGGGAAAGAGCUGGCGGCUCUGUGCUGCCAUCCUGCCCUUGUACUGCGCCAUGAUGAUUGCCCUGUCCCGCAUGUGUGACUACAAGCAUCACUGGCAAGAUUCCUUUGUGGGCGGAGUCAUCGGCCUCAUUUUUGCAUACAUUUGCUACAGACAGCACUAUCCUCCUCUGGCCAACACAGCUUGCCAUAAACCCUAUGUUAGUCUGCGAGUCCCAGCCUCACUGAAGAAAGAGGAGAGACCCACAGCUGACAGCGCACCCAGCUUGCCUCUGGAGGGGAUCACCGAAGGCCCCGUAUGACCAGUGUCCUGGGAGGAUGGACGCUAAGCCCUGGGCACAUCUGCCACCCUGACAUCAUAACACAAUAGAAAUGGUUUUCUGUAGUGUUUUUCAUCAGUUGUUUCUCAAAGUCAUCGUACUUCUGCUUCUGUUUCACUGAUGUUUCACUGCUACUUUAAAUGUCUACUUCCAACAUCCUUGAAUUUGCAAACGAAGGACACCAGGAACAAUCUCUGAGAGACCUGUGGAAGAGGCUGCGAAGGUGGGGUUUGGGGAGCUUGGCCGAUUCCUCUAUCCAAAGUGUUUGCUGUAACAGCCACCUUCCUAUGUUUUCAUGGUUGUAAAACAUAAUAAAACCUCCCACCUGGAAGAGUUGGUGUUGGCC